GAAGGUCUCUUCCAUAGUCAACUACUGUGUCAGGCCCCAGGCCGGAUAUCCAAGUCUGUUUCUUGUUCAGAUUUGACAGAAAACCCUGCUGAACCAACUCUGCCUGGCCUAUACCUCCUCCAGCAACUGCCAGACCAGGUCAAGGUGAAGAUGGAGAACACAAGUGUGGUGUUGUCUAUGAACAGUCAAAAGAGGCACCUGACUUGGACCCUGAAGCUGCUGCACUUCCUGUGCCACCGUGAUGAGGACCAGCCACCCCUUCGCAGCUUCACAGCCAGAUAUGAUAUGGCACAGAUGAGCACUGAGCUCAUACUGGAAGAUGGGCUGUUGCUGUCCCAGAGUCGCCAGCGGAUUGUCUGCCUCAACUCCCUCAAGGCUAAUGUCCAGGUAACCACCAUUGACCUCUCAGCUUCUCUCGUUUUGAACACUUGUAUCAUUCAUUACCGACACCAGGAAUUUUCUCAUUGGCUGCUUAUGCUAGCAUUGGAGACCCAAGGAGCUAGUUCAUCUGAUCUUAAACAAAGGAAAAAAAGGUGAAGUGUUUUUGGGGUUUUU